AUGUCAGCCCCGCGAGAGUCGCGACGGCUACGAGAUCAGACUACGGUAGCUUGGGCAGUCAGUCAGUGUGAUGCAUGCAGCCAGCGGUCGAGGGUGGCCGAUUUCCGGCUGCACCGAGGAGCAAGGAAGGCAGCCGGCGGCAUCUGGAGCGGUUGUGGUCACCUGGACAGGUGCUGCCUAGGGCCCGUGCAGGAUCUCCGUUACCAUCGAAGAAGCGCCGUGGAAGCCACUCAGCAGCGUGUGCUCUGCUUGUUCAUGCAGCAUGUUGAAGAAUGGAUGUGCUGUGGACGGGCACUUCAGAGGCUUGACCAAUGUGAUCGGCAUGCGGCGUCGUGCAGACGGUGCAGCGAGGGAUUCCUUGGGAAUCCCGCGCAACGCAGCUGA